AUGCCCGCCUCCCUUCUUCCUCUUUUAGAAGCUAGAAGGGGGAGAAACAAGAUUCCCGUUUUCUCAUGCCCAAUUCUUCAUCCGUUUUGUCAAGCUCAUUGCGUCAUCCUUGAAUACUCCUUUGGUCAUCCCCAACCACCCCCAACCAUCUUCGCUGUCAGCCACGUCAGGGGAAACUACCCCAAUAGGCAAACUGGAAAAGUCAAUUUCGCAGCUCCCCAAAAGUUUGCCCUGGAACGGGCGAAAAAGAUCCUCUGGAUCGGCACGCAGCUCUUCUUAGCGCCUGAGCACGAGUAG